AUGCGCGUGCGUGUGGGGCUGGCGGCCCUGCUGCUGGGCGGCUGCCUGCUGAUGGCGGGCCUGCAGGAGGCCCACGCGACGGCGGCGGAGGCGACCCAGCCGGAGACCACCACGGCGCGCGUGCUCAAGGUGACGGGUGCGUAUAUGCCGGAGCAGGCCAACCCCUACUCGCGCGGAUGCCACGCCAAAAAUGGCUGCCGCGGCUGA